AUGGAUUCCAAUUCCAGAGGAAAUAUAGAUGCAAAAAGAAGGAGGCCAGAACCAGAAGAUUUGGAGUCAAUUCAACAACCAUUGAUUCCAUCAAGCAUCAUAGAUCAAGCAUCACAGCGACUUUUUAUUGUAUCAUUUUUUGUAUUAAUACAAUGCUGGAAAAUAUAUGAUAUCAUCCUAUUGAAGUCAGAUGUGAUGUCUAGUAGUGUUAUUGGGUUGGCUCCGUUGAACACUUUUACAUUUAUUGCGAAGUAUGCAAUGGUAGAUGGGCUCUUUCUAUGGUUACUUCCUAUACUAAAUAUUCCAUAUUUAGUUUAUUCACCGUUGAAAACGUUUUUAUUAACAUUGUUAUUAAAUGGAGUGACUUUUUUUCUUGCAAGUGAUAUGGUGUUUCCGUUAAUUUCGAACAUGAUGUUGCCGGUAUGGAAAAUAAUAUUCAGUAGAAAAGAAUUAACACUUUUCGGUGAUUCUGUAAAUUCCAAUAACAUCGUCGACCCAAAUGAGCAUUUUAAGGGUAGGUAUACUAUUCAAUUUUUACCAGAUUCAUCUGCUAGAUUCAAUCCCUUUCAUUUUGAUAAUAUUUGUUUGGAGUCAAAUUCAUAUUCAUCCGUACAAAUGCCUAUAGAAUUCAACACUACAACGCAGUUAGGGUUUUUGCAAUUACAGCAUAUCACGCCUUCCAAUGAAAGGAAGUUAAUAAAUUAUACCGAACAUGAUUUACACAAAUUAUUGAAGAAGGAUUAUUCUCACUUGCGCCAGUAUCAAGAAAACGUUAGAAACGAUGAUCGCAUUUUUUAUGCUGAAGUUCCAAUAAAAUCCCCUGGUCUUUACAGAAUUAAUAAAGUUAGCGACAAGAAAGGAAUCAGCAUCAGAACUUACAGAUCAGACUUCGUGAUAUCGCAUUGUCCUAGUGCUGAAUUCGUUCAUUCAAUUUCACCUAAAUCUUAUCAAAAUUAUAAAUGUAUAGGAAGUGAUAUCAGUAAUGGUGAUUUUGAUAUUAACCUUCCGUUAGUUAGUUCAUUUGGUGUCGGUCCUGUUGUUUUGAAAUUUGAGACCAGAUUGAAUGGGAGAAACUAUAAGUCAUUUAAUGUAACUGUUAGUGAUACUAGCUUACAUGAAACACAGAGUUCAAAUAAUAAGAACUUCAAUAAUUUGUCCUGGUUACAAUCUCAUAGGGUUACACGUAAUAUACUAGAACAAGAACUAUUCCGUAACGUUGAUAUUAUACCAAAGCUGGGCGCAGGUAAAUUGGAGUUUCAAUUAUUAGAAGUAUCGGAUAUUCUUGAAAACAAGAAGGUAUAUAAUCCUUCUUCUAAAGAUAAAGAUGUUUGGUAUUCUAUUGAAUUAAAGCAAGCACCAAAAGUUGAAAUAGCGGAUCCAGACCCACAAGAAGUUCUAUUGGUAAACGGUACUAAACUGUUAUCCUUCAAUUAUCAAAAUCUAAAGGAGCAAGACUUUCCACUUGAAAUUGAUAUUAAAUACAUACACCCUAGUGAUCCAUUAUUAUCAACUAACUACACUAAUACUUAUGAUAAUUCUCAACAGUUGUCAAGGGGUAUUCAAUGUGAUAAGCCUGGGACCUAUAGUGUAAUUAAGGGUAGAUCGAAGUACUGCCCCUGUGACAUAAUGACAAGCAAGGUAGUAUCGGUUGAAAGAGCAACACCGCCUCUGGUAGAAAUCGUUGCAGAGCCUGUAGUUGAUAAAUGUGUUGGAAUGACUGGUUACAAGUUUGAUUUUGAAUUUUUGGGGAAGCCGCCGUUUUUUAUCCAAUAUCAUGUGUAUCAAAAUAGAUCUGAUGGUACUUUGAGACCUGUUUAUAAUGAAAGAGGACGUAGCAAUAGAUUGUUGAAAACAUUUGAUAAGGACUAUAAAUUUGAGUAUAGACCUCCAAAAGAAGGAAAUUACGUUAUCAUGUUCGACAGUCUCAAGGAUUUUAAUUACCAUAAAGAACCAAUACUAUUAGAUGAAAAGAAACAUACUUAUCUGACAUACUUUAAUCAAAGAUCCAAAGCAUCUUUUUUUGAGACCAAGGGGGAAAUUUUAAAAACAUUUAGCGCUUGUAUGGGUGAAUCUGUGACUGUCCCGUUAUCUUUGAAAGGAAAUGCGCCUUUUAGUUUCAAUUAUGAUAUACUAAAUAUUGAUACAGGUGAAAAGUUGAUUGAAACGUCUAAAUUAUUGAAUGUUUCUGAUAGUACAUUUAAUAUUGUUACACCUUCGCUUAAAUCUGGCGGAAACUUUGAAAUUGUAUUAUCAGAAGCAAAGGAUGGCCUGUCUUGUCCUAUUGAUUUUGACAAACGUGAAUCCAUUAAGAUUAAAGCCAGAUCAGAUGUACCUGAAAUAUCAAUUGAUACUGAUUCAUCAUAUAAGAGCGUAAAAAUUAUCGAAGGGGAUUCCUACAAGAUUCCAUUGUCGUUAAAAUCAUCCAUUGGCAGUGCCUCAUCAGAUGUUUUAGAAUAUAUUGUUAGCGAUUUACACAACGCUAGUAAUUCUCAGAUGCGUACGUUGAGAAAUAGUAAAUCAUUGCUAGUUAAAGAGGAGGGAACUUACUUGUUGUCGUCUUUUACUAAUGGUGGGUGUGUUGGUAAAAUCGGUACUCAAAAGGCUGUUUCUGUAUCAUACUACAAUAGACCUAAUUUAACUUUGAUAACUGAAGAUCAGCAAGUUUUAAAGCAGCAUCUGGAAGAGAACGAUUUGUUUGUGCACCUUAAACCAUUAUGUCAAAAUUGUGGGAAUAAAAUAAGAUUAAAUUUGGAAGGUGUUAAGCCUUUUGUAAUAGACUACGAUAUUACAUUACCUACAGGAAAAGUCGAAUCUAGGUCCAUGACCGUCAAUGAUCAUAACAUUACCAUCAACUUGCCAACUAAAUAUAGCGGUAAAUAUGAACACCGUUUUAAGGGGAUUUAUGAUAAGUUGUAUACCCGUGAGAAGGUAUCGAGGAUUCCAAAGAAGAAUGAAGUAUUGCCAUGUGUCAGAUACGAUAUCAACCCAUCUCCUAAAGCUAACUUUAGAAAAGAUCAAUUCCUUCAGAUCUGUGAGACUAGCUUAAGACGUGAUGAGCCUUUGCCAAAAAUUCCUAUUAGCUUUGUGGGUGAAUACCCCUUUAGAAUCGACGCAUCCCUAAGACACGAAGCUACUGGAAUGAGUGAAACAUUUACUUUUGAGAAUAUAAUGGAACCAGAAUUAAAGUUGAAUGAAGCUAAAAUUAAUGGAAAGGAUUCUUUAUUAUUUGAGACAAUGAAUGUGGGAGAGCACACUCUAACAAUAAACGAAUUGACCGAUGCAAAUGGUUGUACUGAAAAGGAAUUUUCGCAAUUGAAUAACUACGUUAUUUCUAUUACAGAAGUCCCGAAUAUCUCUAAGAUGCAGAAGAGACCGCACUAUUGUGUAGGCGACCACAUCUUAUAUAAUAUGUCUGGUAUUCCUCCUUUUAUGGUCUAUUAUAGAUUUAAUGAUAAGUUACAAAAGGCAGAACUGGGCCAUAGAUUUCAAAGGUUAGCUUCUAAGGCAGGUGAGCUUUCUAUCGAAGCGUUGCUGGAUUCUUCUGCAAAUCAAUGUUUAGUAAAUUUGACAAAUUCGCAGGAAAAAUUCGAAGAAUUGAAACUAAAGGUGUAUGAACUUCCUUCUGUCGAGAUAAAUCAAGGAAGUUAUGUCGUGCAAGAUAUUCACGAAGGUGAGCAAACAGAGAUUAAGUUCAGUUUCUCUGGUGUGCCUCCAUUCAAACUUAUUUAUACGAGAACUCUGGAACAGGUUGAUCCAAAGCAUAAACAUAAGAAAACAGGCCGCAAAGAUAAACAUAGUAAAAUAGUUGUGGAAACAAAAACCGUUGAGGAUAUUUGGGAUUACGAAUAUACUGAUAUGGUAAGCCUCGAAGGUACCUACGAAGCGAUCGAGGUUCGUGAUGCUUACUGUGUAGCGAAGAGAGAUGUGAAUUACACAUAG